AUGUCUGUAAACACAACAGACGAUGCACGGCGGAGGGCCCUAGGCGAAAAUGGCGCCCUUUUCAUCAAAGGCCACGGUACUCACCUGGAUACCGCAGCAGCUGUGAACGAUGAGGCCCGUAUCGACUUGACAUUUGACGGCAAAAGCUCUCUACAAAAUGUCCUGCAAAACGCGAUGCCACCUGAGUCCUACACGAGCAACGCCGCGAUUGUUGGCAGCCGAGGCGACGUUCAGCCCUUUAUUGCACUCGGCACAGAACUACAAAAGCACGGGCAUCGGGUCCGCAUUGCUACCCACGAUGUCUUUGCCGACUUUGUGCGACAGUCCAACCUCGAAUUCUAUCCCGCGGGCGGAGACCCUUCGGACCUCAUGGCAUAUAUGGUGAAGAACCCGAGCCUUGUCCCCUCUGUAUCUUCGCUUAUGGCUGGCGACAUCAGCCGCAAGCAGGAUAUGGUCGAGGAGAUGCUAGGCAAGUUUUGGCUGUCGUGUAUCGAGCCCGAUCCUAUCUCGGGAGUCCCCUUUAUUGCUGAGGCUAUAAUCGCAAACCCUCCAAGCUUUGCGCAUAUCCACCUAGCAGAAGCCUUAGGCAUUCCACUGCAUCUUAUGUUCACUAUGCCUUACAGUCCCACCAGGGCUUUUCCGCAUCCGUUAGCGAAUAUCAAGCAGUCAAAUCUCGAUCCGAAGUUGACAAACUACUUGUCAUAUGGGAUGGUGGAGACGCUGACAUGGCAAGGGCUUGGAGACAUAAUCAAUGAUUGGAGGAGAGAAACACUGAAUUUGGACCCCGUGUCGUCUUCUAACGCACCCAGCCUUCUCAGCACCCACCAGGUGCCAUAUACGUACUGCUGGUCUCCCGCCUUGGUACAGAAGCCCUUAGACUGGCCGCCUUAUAUCGAUGUGUGUGGCUUCUUUUUCCGGGAGGAACCACAAUACAGCCCGCCCGAUCAUAUUGCCCAAUUCCUGCAGGCAGGGCCAGCACCUAUUUAUAUCGGCUUCGGAAGUAUUGUCAUGGAUGAUUCAGCAAGGAUGACCGAUCUGAUUUUAGCAGCGUUACAAAGGUCCGGCGCCCGCGCCAUCAUCUCUAAGGGAUGGGCCAAACUUGGUGAAGGCCGCAGCGCCGAAAACGCCAUAUUUAUCGACGACUGCCCUCAUGAAUGGCUUUUCAAACACGUUGCGGGUGUAAUACACCAUGGCGGAGCUGGGACAACGGCUUGUGGGCUUCUCAACGCUUGCCCUACCUUCAUCGUCCCUUUCUUUGGGGACCAACCGUUCUGGGGAUCAAUGGUAGCCAAAGCCGGCGCUGGCCCAUUCCCGAUCCGUCACAAGGAGCUCGAGAUUGACAGUCUCACCAAGGCUAUCGAGACGCUGGUUGCGCCCGCUACAAAGACGGCCGCACUCCGCAUAUCGCAAACCAUGCGAACCGAGAAUGGCGUCGCACAGGCCGUGCAGUCCUUUCACCACCAUCUCCCGCGGGACACGCUUACGUGCGACUUGUUGCCCAGCGAGGCAGCCGCCUGGAUAUACGAUGCUAAGCGAUUGGACAAGAAAACCAGGAAGAGGUUCAAGAAUGGGCUGAGGCUGUCUCCCAGGGCCUUGAGCGUCCUUAGUAACCGCCAAAAGAUCGACUUGACCAAAAUGCAGCUAAAUCGCCCCAAGCCGGUGGAUAUCGAAAACCGGCGAUGGGAUCCCUUGACCGCAACGUCAUCGGCCCUGCUAGGUUCGCUCGUUGAAUUCUCAAAGGGCUUCGGAAGCCUGAUGUCCGCCCCCGUCAUCAAGGUCCGACACGAGACUGCAAACCGGGAGAAAAGACACGCCGCAAGAGCAGCACUCAAAGCUGAGUCCCGGAGUAGAUCGCCUGCAAACUCCACUACAACCGAGGACCCCCAAGAGAGAAGUCUGGUAGAAGCAAAAUUGAAACCAGACCGAGAGGUAUCAACGUCGUCAAACGCCGGAAAAUCCGCCGGAAAGGGCAUCUCCAAGAUGACCAGCAGCGUUCUCAAGGGGUCGCUAGUUGAUGUGCCUCUCGCUCUCACUGAAGGCCUACAUAACCUGCCAGAACUAUACGGCGAAAAGGUCCGGAAGCAUGACAAGAUAACAGACUGGAAAAGCGGCACCGCUGAAGCUGGUAAGAACUUUGCGUACAACUUCCUGGAUGCCUCCUGGUGCCUGUUCAAGCAGCCCGCUGUCGGUGCAGUCAAGGGAGGCCCUGUGGGAUUGGUGACGGGUCUCGGCAAGGCAGGCUUCGGGCUGAUUGCCAAGCCCGGAAGCGGUAAGUCUUUCAACGUUCUGUUCCGCUUGUUUGGAGCAGGCAGUUUCGAAUCUUUGCUGAUGGGUUCGGUCUUGACUCGUUUAGCCAUGUUUGGCCUCCUUGCAUACCCUGCACUAGGCAUUUACAAGAGUAUUGUAGGAAGCCUUUCAAAGACAGAGAAGAAGGUCCUAGAGGCGCGGCUUGCGCACGAUAAGUACUUUGCCAAGAUUGACCCAAUCGAGGACCAAGAUAUUCAAGUAGUUUUGAGCUCAUUUGGGGUGGGAAAGUAG